UAUAACCCUGGGUGAUGGGGUGGGGGAUUGGUGUGCGGAGUGUGACCCUAAGUAGUGGGGGAUUAACCCCCAGCAGGGGCUGAGUUCAACCCCACGGAGCCUCUGUUGGCCAGUCUGUGAUCUGGGGGUGGGUGGCACCAGCCCCCAGUGGACAGAGUUCGCAGCUCUGUCACCUGCCUGGUGAGGUCCAAGCAGAGGUGGGCGGUGACUAGCUGAGGGAAAGAGAGAGGCGGGACCGCACCCAGCAGGUGCCUGAGAGACAGCAGCCUGCUUCCUCCUUGCGGCAGCCAGCUCUCCAACAGCCCAGAAGAAGAAAGAAAGCGGCUCUUCUGGACCCCAUCAGCACUGUAUGUCCCAGGCUGGACCCUGGCUCCACAGCACUCCUGGGCAGGCCCGGCUCCUGUGGUGUGGUCUUCAGCUCUGCCCACUGACUGAGCUCAGACGUGCUGAGCCCCAGGGAGGACGGGGUGGCUCUCCAGGGCAGCAGUGUCUGCGGCAAGGGGCGUCCGGUGCCCACUGCUGCCCCCACCCGCAGGUGCCAGCCCAGCCCUGCCCUGCCCUGCCCUGAUGGGGCUGACCUGGAAGCCGCGGGUUCUCACGGCACUGCUCGGGGCGGCAGUGGCCUCAGGCCUCACCACGCUCAUUCUCAUCCUGGUGGAGGCCACUGAUGUCCUCCUGCCCACAGACACCAAGUUUGGGAUUGUGUUUGACGCGGGGUCCUCCCACACGUCCCUCUUUGUGUACCGGUGGCCAGCAGACAAGGAGAACGACACGGGCGUGGUCAGCCAGGCCCUGGUCUGCCAGGCGAAAGCAAAUCAGCAGAUCAACCUACAGGAAAAGUGGCUCAGAGAGGUUGAGUGAAUUACCCAAGUGGCACAGAUGGUCAGUGCGGAACUGGACCAGAACCUACAUGUGCCUGCACAGAAGUGGGCCCGGAAUCUCCUCCUAUGCCUCCAAUCCUGCACAAGCCGGUGAGAGCCUGCAGGGCUGCCUGGAGGAAGCGCUGGCGCUGAUCCCAGAGGCACAGCAGCGGAAGACGCCCCUGUUCCUGGGGGCCACGGCUGGCAUGAGGCUACUCAGCCAGAAGAAUAGCUCUCAGGCAAGAGACAUCUUCGAGGCGGUCACCCAGGUCCUGAGCAAGUCCCCCCUGGACUUCUGGGGUGCUGAGCUUCUGGCCGGGCAGGACGAGGGUGCUUUAGGUUGGAUCACCAUUAACUACGUCCUGGGCAUGCUGGUCAAGUACUCCUUCUCUGGAGAAUGGAUCCAGCCUCUGGAGGGGACACUGGUGGGAGCCCUGGACAUGGGUGGAGCCUCCACCCAGAUCACCUUUGUGCCUGGAGGCCCCAUACUGGACAAGAGCACCCAGACCACCUUCCGCCUCUACGGAUCUGAGCACAGUGUCUACACCCACAGCUACCUCUGCUUCGGGCGGGACCAGAUGCUGAGCAGGCUUCUGGCACAGCUGGUGCAGAGCAGCUCCGGCCCCCUGGUCCGCCACCCAUGCUACCACAGCGGCUACUGGGCCACGCUGUCCCCGGCCGCCCUCUACGAGUCCCCCUGUGUGCACACAGCAGCCCCUCCGGAGCUGGCCGGGAACCUCACUGUGGAAGGGACAGGGAACCCCGGGGCUUGUAUCUCAGCCCUCCGGGGCCUCUUCAACUUCUCCAGCUGCCAGGGCCGAGGACACUGUGCCUUCAAUGGGGUCUACCAGCCCCCUGUGCGGGGCCAGUUCUAUGCCUUCUCGAACUUCUACUACACCUUCCACUUCCUGAAUCUCACCUCCAAGCAGCCACUGGCCACUGUCAACGCCACCAUCUGGGAGUUCUGCCAGAGGCCCUGGAAGCAGGUGGAGGCCAGCUCGCCCGGACAGGACCGCUGGCUUCGUGACUACUGUACCUCGGGGCUGUAUAUUCUCACGCUGCUGCUUGAGGGCUACGGGUUCAGUGAGGAGACUUGGCCUGGCAUCGAGUUCCGCAAGCAGGAUGAAAGAGUGGCCAGAGGGAGCCUCGGUCAACACGGCCCCACCUGUGACAGUGAGAAGAGGACGGAACCCAGAGGACGGGGCCUGAGGAACCACCCGGGCCACCCGCAGACAGCACCCCCAGAGCCCCAGCGGGCCACACUUCCCGGUGCAAGCUCACCUCCCAGGCAUGCAGCUUGAACCGCAGGCCCAGCUGUGUAUAGUCAAUGGCGGUGUUAUCCCUCAGCUGUGCCAGGGCCAGACGGAAGUCACACAGGGCCUCCUGGAACCUGUGGGCAGUGGGGGAGCCAGCAUCGAGGGGGACCUCAGUUGCUGCAGGGAAAGGGGCCAAGCCCUGCCCCAGCCUCCCCACCACCCCAGCUCCAGGGACACCUGCUAGGGGGCAGUGGUGGUCACCCAGGUCUCAGCACAUGGUGGGCCCUCAAGUCCCCACACACGGGUCAUGGACAGACUGGCUGUGAGGGGCAUGGGGGCACCACAUCCGGGGUGUGAGGUGAUGCCAGCUCUGAUCCAGUCCUGAUUCCUGGGGACCUCACUCACUCUGCCGCCUAGAGCCCCUGUCUGUACCCCAGACCCUCUUCCACAUUUCCCUCCUGCUUCAUAGGAACCCCCAACCCUGUGGGCCUCCUGCCGCAGAGACCGGCUGGACACUCCUUGGCCUCCACUAGAAUCCCCAUCUCCUCCAAGGAGGCUCCUGGGCCCGUGAGAGGAGGAGGUUGUCCCCAGAGCCUGCCUGCCUGGCAUGGGGCCUGCCUGCGGUGGGGCUUGUCCUGGGGCUAGGUGGGGUAGGGGGAAGCCGGGCCUGUCCUGCAGAAUGUUUCCUCCUCUGGGAAGGACCACAGUGCAAAGAGCCCAGGUGAGCAUUGAGGACCCCAACCCCCUCCCUGCCCUGGGACACACCAUUCCUGCAGCCCUGUUCUAAGUUUCCUCAUCUGCAGAAUGGGCGUAAUCACGCCAUCCCUGCUGCAGCAAAGAUGUGGUGAGGAACAAAGGAAGAGGUGCCCGCGAAAGCGCCCUGUGAACCUCAGCACAGAGACAGGGCUCACCGUGUGGCUGUUCCCUGUGUCCCCCUCCGGCGUGACCAGUGUCCUCCUCCAGGCUUCCCUGAAGCUAUGGAGGAGGGGGUGGGCAAGAGAAGGUGCCCCAUGGGGAGAGAGGAGGCGGGGAGCACAAGACUGGACUUUGCAGAGACAAAGGGCCCUCAGAGAAGAAACGAGACACCUCUGUGCUCACCUCUCCAGCUGGAAGCUGGCCACUCCUCGCUGGAAGAAGCCCACAGCCAUGCAAGUGUCCUUGGUCACUGCUUGGUCAAAUGCCUGAGGACAGAAAUGCCCACAGAUCACCAAGGUCUGCAAUUCCAUCACCCCUGUGUCACAGAUACAGCCCAGACAGAUGACCAGCGACGGGGGCCAAGGAAUUUCACUGGGCCCCACAACAGCCUGCAUGCAGGGCAUCACCACUCAGUUUCCCUCAGUGGCACAACCUAAACCAGCCUGAGCUCCCAAGGAGCAGAGAACACAGCCACAGUCCAGUCUGUUUACCGUAAUGACAAGGGGGUACAAAAAAAGGAAACACUGUGGCACACUAAUGAUGGUUACCUCUGGGGGAUGCAGUGAUGCAAGAUUUUUGUCUUUUUAAAAUCCUAUGUGGGGAGGGGCGCCUGGGUGCCUCAGUCGGUCAAGCGUCCGACUUCGGCUCAGGUCAUGAUCUCACGGUUU